UAAAAUUCAACAAGAUUCCUACUUGAUUCACUAUAAUAAUAAUAAUAAUAACGACAACAACAUUUACAAAACAACAGCUCUCAAAGUCGCGUUUCAGAUGUUAGAUUCUUUCCGGAGAAAGAAUUUGCCAGGAUGACAGCAUAAUUAGAGCGUUUCAAUCAAUCCGUAAAUGUAUACAAGGAUAUCAACAAUUUUGUCGCAAGACUUCUGUUCUAAUAACAAAUUUUUUCAUUCCAUACCCAAACAUUCGCAUUAUUUUCCAUACACUGAAGAGGCUUUGGCAUCCCAUCUCGCGCCACUCCUGCGGCAAAAGGAUCCAUCUUUGUUCCCUUCCGUUCUUCAGAAAACACAGCAAAUACACGCCCAGGUUACUGUGAAUGGAAUUCACAACUUUGGUAUUCUGGGUUCUAGGGUUUUGGGUGCGUAUCUCCUGGGCAGCUGUUAUCUUGAUGCCAGGAAGUUAUUUUAUCAGCUGCAUCUUGGCUAUGCCGCCCCAUGGAAUUGGAUGAUUAGAGGCUCUACAGCGAUGGGAUCCUACGACUGUGCGAUUAUGUUUUACUUCAAGAUGCUCAUUUUUGGUACUCGGCCCGAUAAGUACACUUUCCCUUGUGUAAUUAAGGCUUGCGGUGGUUUGCGGGCUGUUGAUUUAGUUAAGCAUCUUCAUAGACUAAUCAAAGAUCUGGGAUUUGAGCUGGAUGUGUAUAUCGGUAGUGCUUUAGUCAAAUUCUACGCUGAGAAUGGUUGUCUUGGCAAUGCCGUUGAGUUGUUCGAUAAAUUGCCUCAGAGGGAUAUUGUUUUGUGGAAUGUGAUGCUUAAUUGUUGCUUAAAAUCUGAAGGUACAGAGCGGGACGUGAUCGGAUUGUUUCAGGAACUGAGAAGAGGUGAAGUUGAGCCCAAUUCUGUAACCUACUCGUGUAUUCUUUCCAUGUGUGGGUUGAAAUCAAUGGUGGGGUUUGGCCGCCAGGUUCAUGGUUUGGUCGUCAGGUCUGGCUUGGAGAUGGAUUCUCCUGUGGCGAAUACAUUGAUUGCUAUGUAUGCAAAAUGUCAGUGCCUGUUUGAUGCUCGGAAGUUUUUCGAUUUUGUUACACAAGCUGAUCUGGUUACAUGGAAUGUGAUGAUUGGAGGGUAUGUUCAGAAUGGAUUCAUGAACGAUGCUUUGAAUACGUUGCAGAUGAUGGUAUCUUCGGGUGUUAAACCAGACUCAGUAACUUUUGCAAGUUUGCUCACAGCAAUUCCUGAUGUGGGCGGCCCUGAUCAGGGAAAAGAAAUCCAUGGCUACAUUGUUCGACAUGGCCUAAUCUUGGAUUUGUUCUUGAAGAAUGCCCUUAUUGAUAUGUACUUCAAGUGCAAGGAUGUCGAAAUGGCUUGCAGAGUUUUUCAUGAAAGUUCUGCACUGGACAUUGUGAUUUGCACUGCCAUGAUUUCAGGAUUUGUGCUUAAUGGCAUGAAUGCUGAUGCCUUGAAGAUUUUCCAGUUAUUGCUUCACAAGAAAAUGAAACCCAACCCAGUGACAAUUGCUAGCAUUCUACCAGCUUGUGCGGGUUUGACUGCCCUGAAAUUAGGUAAGGAGUUGCACGGUCACAUAAUUCGCAAAGGGCUAGAAGGAAGACUUCAUGUUGGAAGUGCAUUAACAGACAUGUAUGCUAAAUGUGGAAGGUUAGAUCUUGGUCAUGAAGUUUUCUCAAGAAUGCCUGAACGAGAUUCUGUAUGCUGGAAUUCGAUGAUCACGAGCUAUAGCCAGAAUGGCAAACCAGAACAAGCCAUGGAUCUUUUCAGUAAGAUGCAGUUGGAAGGAGUCAAGUAUGAUGGUGUCACCUUAUCCGCUGCUCUUUGUGCUUGUGCAGAUUCGUCCGCCCUUCAUCAUGGGAAAGAGAUACACGGGUUCAUGAUAAGAAGAGGCUUCAACUUCGAUCUCUUUGCUAAUAGUGCACUGAUGGACACAUAUGCUAAAUGUGGUCAUUUGGAUUUGGCUCAAUGUGUAUUUGAUUCAAUGGAGUGCAUCAACGAAGUUUCAUGGAACAGCAUUAUUGCUGCACAUGGAAACCAUGGACAGCUGGAGCAGUGCCUGGAACUGUUUCACAGAAUGGAAGACAAUGGAUUUCAGCCGGAUCAUGUCACUUUUCUUGCCAUUUUAUCUGCUUGCGGCCAUGCUGGUAGAGUCGAAGAAGGGAAGCACUACUUCAAUCUUAUGAUCCAAGAUUACGGGAUUGCUGCUAGGAUGGAGCACUAUGCAUGCUUGAUCGAUUUGUAUGGUCGAGCCGGCUGUUUACAAGGGGCCUUCCAAGUGAUAAACGAGAUGCCAUUCCAUCCAGAUGCUGGCAUCUGGGGGACCAUAUUGGGUGCUUGUCGGAUCCAUGGGAAUGUUGAGCUUGCAGAAGUGGCUUCCAAGCAUCUAUUCCACUUAGACCCACAAAAUUCUGGUUACUAUGUGAUACUAUCCAAUUUGCAUGCUAAUUCCGGAACAUGGUCAAGAGUAGAUGAGAUUCGUAGCAUCAUGAAAGAAAGAGGAGUGCAAAAGAUACCGGGUUACAGUUGGAUUGAAGUCAAUAACUCCUCACAUGUUUUUGGCGCCGCAGAUAAACGUCAUCCAGAGUCUUCUCAGAUAUACUUGCUGUUGAAUUGUCUUCUCCUUGACCUCCAGGAAGCAGGGUAUGCUCCCCAAAUGCACCCACCGAUUCAGCCGCAGGUUCCUUCAGUGUCAUCUGUGUAAUCCUUUUGAUUGCUAAGAUAUGUCUGCAUCAGACCCAAUAUGGAGGAAGAGAUAUUGUUUGUCCCAAUUGUGAACCAAGAGACUAUCCAGUUAUGCUCGAAGCAAAACAAAUCAAGACAAGGACACAUAUUUGGGAUGCAGAUCUGCUGGAAGUAAGUGGCUGCUACACUGGUUUUGUCCCUCUCCGGCCUUAAUAGAUACAGAGAGAGGUAAACUGUUCUUCCCAUCAAUACAUAUAACAAAGAUCCUUGGGGCCAAAUAUAAGUUGGGAAACAUUAUUUUGGGGUGCAUUUCUGUUGUUGUGGGCACAUGCACUUCACUUUUGAGCCAAAAGUACUUAGUAGAAUCACCUGAUUGUGACGUACAUCCUUCAAGAAUCUGAUGCACACGCCAUUCUGUGGCCCAAAAGCACAAGCCCAAUAGUUAAUUAUUAGCACUGGCAGUAAUCAUUGAACAUGCAGAUGCAGGUCAUCCCAUCUCAUCUCCAUUUAGUAAAUGGCUGUCAGUCACGCCUCAUGACAUUGUUUAUAUCUUUUGUUUCUUUGAGGUGAUAGUUGAACAAACCCAUGACUAAUUUGCUGCUGCUACAUCUACACACAGUAGCGUUGACCACCGAGCAACGGUGAUCCAUGAUUGAAUCCCCCCCAGCGGCCAAAUUUUGACAUCUUGGUUGGUGGUUUCGAUUACUUGCAAACCUAUACCAUCAUGAGAUCACAAGAACUGCCCACAAUUUUGCAUUUAUUGCCUUACAUUGGAGAUGGAUCGAGACAUUUACGCCUCUGCCCUCCUCUCCCUUUUCACAUGCUGCAUAUGAAGUAUGAACCCUCCCACUCCAUCUACCCACCAAGCAGAUUCAGAUCUAUCCAUCCCCAUGGACAAU